AUGCUGCAUUACUUUGAUCCUGGUAAAAAGAACAAGAAAUUUGUUCCAGACGAACAUUCAAAACAGGACAAACAGGUUUGACCGACUUGCGUUGGCAGAUAUUAUUCAAAAUUAGUAGUACAGAUGGCGUGGAUCGUUUGCUCGGUACUGACUUAUUUGCCGUAUCUUUAACUUUUACUUAGCGAGUCGAAACUCAAGAAAGAACUGAAGCUGACGUAAAACACAGCAGGACAAAGGGAAACUCCCAGGACAAGAUUCAGAAGCUUCCUCAAACAGAAGAAGGAGCACGUCAGGAUAUGGAAAUUUUAUCACAUCCUACCUGGAUGGAAGAAAAAGACGAAAACAUGGCGGAUGAAGAAGAAACCUAUUCUCUUAUUACCCCAACGGAUUUACCAGGUAAAACUGACUUAAUGUGUGAAUGUGCCAAAUGGCAAAUAAGACUAACGUAAAAAUAAUAACAAUAAUUUUAAUAUUAAUAAUAAUAUUGAUGAUGUUGAUGACCAUGACGAUGAUGUUGAUGAUGAUGGUAUAUUAACAGUGAUUUUCAAUACAACUUGGAUCUACAUUUAAUGUUAAGAGGAACAAUAGGAAUAUAUGAUAUAUAUAUAUCUAUUAUAUGUGUGGUUGAGACUAUAUUGUACACACAAGGAAUGUUCAUGGUAAAUUAAAAAAGAUACUUUAUUUUAAAAAUGAAAAAGGAAAUUCUACUGCGCUCUUUCAAAAAUAGUGAAGGUCUCUUAAGAAAGAAGCCGAAAAUUGGUGCAGGAUUUCCCUGGAGCAGGUAACAAAUUAAAAAGUUUGGACGUGCCGUCUUGAAAGGUAUUCGUGUUGUCGUCGGCGCUGUUCUUCAAGAUUCAUUUGAUUCUCAGUGUCUCCCCAUCAGUAUUUUAACAGUUCAAGUUAAUUCAGCAUUCACGCGUCAAAAUCGGGCUCGCCUCUUUUAACUUCUACAUUUCAAGGAUUAAUAGAAUGAUUAACAAAAUGAUUCGCUGAAAAAGGAAAAAAAGGCCAAAUAUCCUGAUGAGGAACUCGCUAAAAAAUGAAAAACUCUUGGGAAAAACUACUUACACUAGCGUGAAUUGUCUCCGGGUCUUCGGUUUCCAAAUCUGAAUUCCUCUGUUCAUUUCAGCUGGUAGCUCAAAACUGAAUUUUAAACAUAGCGCCCGAAUGCAAAAAUACCCUUAGGAAAUUUAGAGGACGCGUUGCUAUCGGCAACGGAUUUAAUUUAUAACAAUUCGAUACCAGCGAUAUUGCAAUAUUAUACUUUCUCAUGAGGGCAUGGUGAUCUACAAUGGCUAACAGUUUCUAAUAAGUUAUCGGUGGUUUCUAGGCCGGUAAAAGUUGUUCAAAGUGAAAAGCCUUAUGUAUUGCAUUAAGAAGGUGCCAACAGUCCCGUUGCUCCCUCAUUGGUAACCAGCCUACGGUAGUUUAAAUAUAGUAUGCACGGCGUGAGAUGGCAGCUGAAAACUGGAUACAAUGAAGCCCUUCGAUCGAGAGAAAUUUACGCUAAGCAAGAAAAAAAACAUACGUCUAGGUAUGAUAGAACUGAGGAAUCAAAAGUUGUUUUCUUAAGCAUGGCCAAUGUAUCGUACACGGAAGUAGGAAACCCAAUGCUAGCCCAUUUGAAGUUAUUGUUGAUGUACGCCCCGAGAAACUUGUUGAGCCAACACUCUCCAAAGGUUUUCUUCCAGCAGUAAAAUUGAGUGGGCGGUCGGCCAGCGUGUUGUAGGUUGACAUAUCUGCUGGGUGGGGAAAAGCAUGCACUUGGUCUUAGUAAGAUUCAAGGCAUGGCCGGAAUCCUUAGAUUACGCGCGGUCCAUGCGUGGUGAGAGAACGAUUCAAAUCUCUCACCCACUGCACAUUGGGUAAAUGCAGUUUGGGAACAAGCUGUGGAUGGAUCGAGGUUAUUUGCAGAUCUGGCACAUACAAGAUGAAGAUCAUCGGCCAAAGGAUGAUCCCUUGAGGCUAAAUAACAAAACGUCCCUUCAACCACUUGAGACCCAUCCCGGCCCAUACCCUCUUAUGUUUUUACCUACCUUUUGUAAUUUUUGUACCAGAGGAUAUAAUGGAUAUAAUGGAUACAAGUCCCCCACAGGAAAGCAUAGCGAUCCUUAUCCGGGACGAGUCUGAUAUUAAUACCAUAAUGGAAGUGUUUGGUGGUGCAGUCUUACAGAGCAUUAAUCCUGUCACAUCGAGAGAUCCGUGCUCUAUGAAGAAUUUACUCCUUUCGCAAAUUACGCCAGUGAGAUCCUGUUUUGUUAUUGUUGAAUCUACGAAAAUAAAAGAGGAAUUUCUGACGAACUCCAGCAGAACAGUUUACCAAGAGCUCCUGAAAACUGUCAAUAGGAUUGUAGGUAAGAACAUUUCCUCUCCCUUUUCCUUGCACACUUCAAUGUUAUACCAAGAGAUCCGCCUCUCGCUUCCUUUGGAUGAAUUUGUAACCAGUUUGGUUUAAAACCAUGUUACUUAUUAUGCAUUUAGAAAUUUUUUUCACGGCGGGGCCAAACCACCCCCCAAAGCGCUUAUUAAGGCUAAAUUUACGUAUUUUCCACAUUACUUUUCAUUUCUCGACCAAACUUGCCGGAUAGACUACGGUUGUUGACCAAAUGAUAUUAAGUUUUUGUUUGACUCAAAAUGUUAAAUUGUGACGUCACAAAGGCUGACGUCACCAAAAUGGGAUAAAUGCAGUUUAUAAUUUCAAAGUCAAACUUAUAUCAUUUGAAAGGGCUUUAGAAGAGGAGUAAAAUAGUGAAAACGGUUUCUGGCUACGACACGUAAAACCCAAGUUAUAAGACUUCAAAGAAAUUUGAUUUCACUCCCCCGGAACCAUACUUUUAAUAAAAAACGAUCCCUCUGAUAUUUUUUCACAGUUUUUGGCAAAAAAAGCUGAUUUUCCGGUGACAUAUACCUUUUAUAGUUGGCCAAAAUCGUAUCAUUUUAGAUUUUUGUUUUUUGACUCAAAAACACUAAUUUAAGGAAACCAAAAAAUUGAUCACGUGACAUUUUAUUUCCGGGUUUUUGCGCAGUUAGGAAUUUCUUUUUCCUUUAGCUUUCGACAGUAAAUAUGUGUUAUGUAUAACUUAAAACAGCAAGGGUCACUCGACAAUAAAACGCUGAAAUUAAGACUUAUUUUAAAAGGGGGGUACCCCGUUUUUGUGCUCCGAAUUUAUCCAAAUUCAAAAUGUCAUAUCUCAGCUCAUAUUUGAGAUACUGAAAAAAUUUUUUCAGCUUUCAUCUUUCCUUGAAUGGUUCUUUCUAAAACGAUAUAAAAAAUUGGGAGAUUCAAAAGUUUAAAAUUUACGUAUGAAUGACGUCAGCAAAUAUGACGUCAUAAUUUGACAUUUGGUGUCAUCCUAUGAGCGAUUUUGAUUGGCCUGAUGUUUCGUAUUUUCAGGCCAAGUUUGGUUGGGAAAGGGUGAAAGCAAGCAAAGUUAUUUUAAAUUAUUCGAAAUUGUCACGUUUUGAUAAGCCAUUUGGGGGUGGUUUGGCCCCACCGUGUUUACGUUUUAUCUCCUGACAAAAACCAUGAAAUUAAACUUAAAAUGAAGCGUUGUGAGGCAUGUUCUGAUUUUCUUUCUUCGAUGGCACAUUCUGAUGUUCAUUUCUUUUUUCAAAAAAACAUUGAAUGAAGAGAAGCUUCCAUGACAUCAACGAAAAAAGUAUGCUGUUGCAGUCAGUUCUGAACGCAACGUGGCGUGUUGUCAGAGUACUGAACGUUCAAUACAUACACUACAUACACUUACAUACACUUUAUUGAUGCUCCCUAAGUGGGCUUUUCAGCUCAAUAGAAUAAAAAAUACAAAUUUAUAUAAAUUAAUUAAGAAUGUAAGUACAAUAAUGUUAUAAUUACAAAAAUAUAUCAACUUAAUAAAACAUUUGCAAGAUGACGCCUAAAAUUCCUAGGGCAUUUUAAGGACUUAAUAUUAUCAUUCAAGGAGUUCCAGAGUUUGGCUCCUCUGAAAGCAAAGGAGCGCUGCCCUGUUGACAGGCGACAUAAAGGUAUAUCCAAAGCACCAGAUGAUCGAGUUUGUCUAUUAUGGACUUGAGAACGUGAUUUAAACAUAUCAGCAAGAUAGUCUGGAACAAGCUUGUUAAUACAUUUGUGCAUCAUAGUAGCGUCAUUUAGAAUGAGUUUCUCUCUAAUAGGAAGCCAUUUCAACGAUCGCAACCCAUCCGAAAUAUGGUCAUACUUUCUUAGUCCCAGAAUAAUUCGUCCAGCAAAGUUUUGGACUUUUUGUAACUUGUCAAUAUUGCUGCUGCUGGUAUUACUCCAGACAGUUGAACAAUAUUGGAGUUUACUAAAGACAAAUGAAUUUAUUACUAACAAAAGUGUUUUCCUAUCCAGGAGAUGCUUGAUUCUGUUAAUUUGGUACAAUUUAAAAAGGCAUUUCGAGGCAGUCUCAGUGAUAUGUUGGUUAUAACUGAAGCGUGUGUCGAGAAGAACACCCAAGUCCUUAACGACAGGCACAGGCAAUCCGGAAGUUGCAGGAUCUAAUCUCACUAUGACCCCUUGGUGCAGUCGUGUUAGUAGCACCAACUCUUUGGCCACACUUGUAAAAAGCCAAAAGGUUUGCCGCCUGCUAGUUAGGAUUCUUAACACUGUUAUGUUUGAUUUAAAUUUAUGGUUUUAGUUAUUUGCUGUGCCACAUAAGGUUUUGUAUUAUAAAAACUUUCCAUGUUAAAUAUAGUAAACCAAUUUCCAUUUUGUCUUUUCGUUAACAGAGAAGAAGAUUGUUGUCAUCCUUUGCAGUGAAGGAAAAAGCCUUACUCCUAGUGAAGAAGAAAGCAUCACAGCUACAAUUAAAGGGCUUCUCGGAAAAAAAGGCUUGGUCUUUUGGUGCAAGGAAAACAACAAAACUAAGCGAUCACACUCUCCUCCAGCUAGCAAUCUUGCUCUCUCAGCGCAUGUAGAACGUUCCAUAAACCCUGAAGAGUUUGCUCCUCAGAAGAUGGCCCACAAUUUGUUGACAGAGCGGCAAACUAUCAACAGUGCUGAAUUAUCAGUAUAUCGCGAGAACAAAACUGGAAAAGAGCGCACAGCUGUCCGAGAUUUGGAAAGCCGUUCUAAAGGUGCCUUAGGGCGCUCCGGGUUGACGAGUGUCCGGGAAAAAGUCGUUGACGGGGCAAACGCGAUUGGUACCGAAAAAGACGAAGACAUAGCGGAUGAAGAAGUACCCUUUGUUCUUGUCAGCCCGGGUGAUUUACAAUGCUUACAAGGUAAGAGGGAUUUAAUGUGUAAUGGUAAAAAGGAGUAGCGUAAUAAUAAUAAUAAUAAUAAUAAUAAUAAUAAUAAUAAUGAUAAUGAUGGUGAUUAAUUAACAGUAUUUUUAUAACAACAUGGUACAUUAUACAGGUGGUUGAAAUUAUAUUUGAAUAUACAAUCACUGUUCAAGGUAAAUUAAAAAAGGCACUAAUUAAAAAAAAUAAAAAAGGAAAUUUUACUGCGCCCUUUCAAAAUAGUGAAGGUCUCUUAAGAAAGAGGCGGAAAAUUAGUGCAGGAUUUCCCUGGAGCAGGUAACAAAUUAAAAUGUUUGGACGGCAGUCUUAAAAGGUAUUCGAUGCCAGCAAUAUUGCAAUGUUGAAGAUCAUCGACCUAAAGAUGGACCAUUGAGGCUAUAAAUAACAAAACUUGCCUUCAACCAUUUGAGACCCAUCCUGGCCCAAAAAUGAAAUGUAUACAUUCUCUCUUAUUUUUUUUUACUACCUUUUGCUAUUUUCGUACCAGAGGAUUCCUUGCCAAAAACAGAACCUAUACGUAUACGUGCCGAAGGAGUGGAUACAAGUCCCCCACAGGAAAGCAUAGCGAUCCUUAUCCGGGACCAGUCUGAUAUUAAUACCAUAAAGGAAAUGUUUGGUGAUGUCUUGCUGGGUAUUAAUCCUGUCACAUCGAGAGAUCCGCGCUCUAUGAAGGAUUUGCUCCUCCAGCAAAGCACGCAAGUGAAAUCCUGUUUUAUUGCUGUUGAAUCUACAAAACUGCUGACGAAAUCAAGCAGUGAAGUUUAUCUAGAGCUACUGAAAACUGCCAAUGAGUUUGUAGGUAAGAACAUUUCCUCACCCCUUUUCCCUGCACAAUUCGUUGUUUUACCCAGAGCGUUGAGGCGUUAACCCAGUUACGCCCUAUCUCCUGACAAAAAAACAUGAAAGUUAACUUAAAAAGAAGCGUUGCGGGGUAUUUUGUCUAAACUGUUCUGAUGUUUUUUCGUCUAAAAAAAGAAUGAAAAAUAGCUUUCCAAAAAGUACAAUGUACUGUUUCAGUCAAUGAUGAACGCAGCGUGCCGUCUGGUUAGAGUACUGGACGUGGAAUCCGGCAAUUCCAGGUUGUAGUCUUACUGUGACCCUGGCUGUAGUAGCAUUUAAGUAGCACCAAAUCUUUGGCCAUACCUGUAAAUGGCCAAUAGAUCGUUUUCACUGUCGCGCAACGAAAAAAUAAAUUGGAAACCGUCGAGUGGAAGAAGCCAAGAAAAUGAAAUAUUAUAAAAGACCAAUAUAUAAACAAUUUGUCCCAGUCUCAGGUCUUUGUGGUCCACAGUUUCUGAGUUAUUUGCCGAAACGUCUCACGCAUCUUUGUAGAGCUUUGUAUGGAGACGCCAUAUUGAUGUACUGUUUUGGUGCACCAAUAUGGCCGCUGGAAAUCAACAAAAACAUCUGGAGUUCACUAUUUCUAUAAAAGAUCUUUCUUUUUACUCGAGAACUAGCAUGCAUGCGCAUGAUUAUAUCUUCUAAUACUUGAAACGGUUAUACUGCUGAAAAUCAAGAGGAGAGACUUUUUUUUUCAACGAGACAACAUUUCUAUUUUGGUGUCACGCACCGUGAAAACUCGGAAGUUCAAAUUGCUGUAUUUUCGAAAUGAAACUUGCUACGGGAAUGGAAACUUGUACAAAGAUUUAUGUUUUGUUUAUCUUCAACCCAGUGUAAAUAAGAAUUCGUAAAACUUCGCUAUUUUGACUUUACAAUUUGAUGACGUCACUGUGAAAACCAUCCAUAGGUUUGCCCCCUGCUAAUAGUCCAGUUUCGAAUUAAAAAUUACCGCUGAAUACAAACAUUAACGACACAUUCAUACAGGGUUAGCCUCGACGUAGAGUAAAAUAUUCAGAAAUUCUGGCAAGUAAGUGUUUGAAAUUUGAAUAUACACAAUAGACAGAGUAAUAAACAGGUCUUUUUCUCGUUGGAAUUUGUGAACAUGUUACUUCAGAUGGAGGCUAAGGCUGUAAAAAAUGCGUCGUCACUUCUUUAAUUCAGCGGUCAUAGCGAACUCGAAAAUGGACUAUUAUGUUGUUUGAAUAUUUUCUUUGCCUCACAAGGUUUUCCAUUAUAAAAACUUUCCAGAUUAAAGAAAGUUUUUUUUGGUAAGGGUACAAUAGCGUUGGAUACCAGCGCUCUUUUUUUAUUCGUGUCACAAGAAUUUGGCACUCACUUCUGUCAGAGUUAAAAUCAAAUACGUUAUGCUAGCCCAGUUUAAGAGACUUCUUAGGGAUUACUAUGCCACUGCCCUACGGACUUGCUAUAAUGUAUAGAGGACCCCAGAACAUGGAAGACAAUUUGUCUAAAAUGUAACUACGGUCGCAAUCUAACUAGCCGCGCACCUGCUGCUUUUAGCCUUUCCAACAAGCCUUUCUUUUUCCAAUCCUUAUGUUGCUUUUAUUUUUGAUAUUUUGUCAAUUUCCGGGCCAAGAGUAAUUGGUUUAUCUGUUGUGGUGACCCUGCCAUGUAUGUAUAUGUAUGUUAUUAUUAUAUUUUUUUUAUUUUGGGGAAGAUUCAUAAAUGAAUACUAGUAAAUAAAUAAAUGAUGUAGUAACCAAUUUCCAGUUUGUCUUUUCUUUAACAGAGAAGAAGAUUGUUGUAAUCCUUUGCAGUGGAGGAAAAAGCCUCACUUAUAGUGAAGAAGAAAGCAUCACAGCUUCAAUUAAAGAAAUUCUCGGCGAAAAAGUCUUAGUUUUUUGGUGCAAGGGAAACAACAAAACAAAACGUUCCAGUUUUAUUCGAUCACAAUCUCUUCCAGAAAAUCCAAAAAAACCUGAAGAGCUAGUUUUAAAGACUCGUUUGCUCCGAGGAAAGAUUUCAUACGACAAAAAAGACGUAAAAAAGAGGGUAGGAGAAUGGACAGCUCCUCAGUUCAUGGACGAAAGUUUGUUGAGAAAGUGGCAAACUACCGAAAGCGCUGAAUUGGCAGUAUACAGAGACCUGAAAACUGGAAAUGAGCGCACAGUUGUGACUGAGGACUUGGAAAGCUUUUUUAAAGGUGCUUUGGGACGCGUCGGGGUCACAAGUGAAGGGGCAAACGUUUCUGGGUGGAUGAACACCGGGGCAAGCCUUUAUGGUGCCAUCAGGCAGUACGGGUCAAACCUGAUGAGUGGGAACGUGCCUGAUACUGAGGCCACUGUGUCGAACGUAAGUGAAGAUAGUCGUCCCGAAGGAAGCAGCAACAUUUCCUCUGCUAACAGUAAUCAAGAUCUCGUCCUUGACUAGAACAAGAGUAACAUAUUGGAGUGACAGUAAAUGAGCAAUGCCUUAUUUGAAGGAAAUUUGACUGAAUAAAAGAUGUACAAUCUAAUUACCGUUUAUAUAAGGCUAAAGCGUAGGGGAAAUUAAAGUGCAGACUCGCCAACAUAAGUGCUAUUUUGAAAUCCAACGAAGUGUUUCUGUUGAUGAAAAAGUGUUGCCUAAUCCUGCUAAAAAUUAGCAUUUGAUAACAUGAAACUAUUAAAAAGUGUCUUUGGCGUAAGAAGAUGACACGGUAAAAGUUGAAAAUUAUAAGUUUGAGUGUUAGUUAGGGGAAAGACGCUCCAAAAGUAUUAAUUAUAGUUUUCUCAUUCGCUACUGGAGAAUGGAGUGUGUGUUCCUUGCUGAUGGUUCUCCUGAAGUUAGCAAUGAAGCUUGGAAGGCUUCUCAUAAUGUAUCUUUCUUUUAGCACUUCAGUCACGGCCAUUUUAACUUUAACUUAGGCCAGUUAUCUUCGUGGCUUACGCUAGGCAGCUUUCCUUCUGAUGUAACUUUCCCUCCUCCGGGGCCGGCUUACCGCAAUGAAUGUUGUGAUCAAAAUGCCAUGAAAAUAUUGCUAAUGAUAACAUAAAACGAAGUUUACGUUUUGACAACUACUCCUCCACCAGCUUUUAUCAGGUCGUUACGGAUUUACUUCACCAAAAAGCUUAGAAUAUGGACAAAAGCAUGUGUAAUCGUUGUCUAAUAAUUUUUUCACUGAACAACAUACAUUAAGUGCCAGUUAACCUUAAUUAGUAUGUACCUUGAUCAUUUGGAAAAUAGGGGUGAGAAACAAUGAACACCUUAGCCGCUACAAGCAUUGUUCCUAUAGUUCUUUAUUUACCUCGCUAUAGUAAUUACAAAAACUAUUAAGACUAUUAACUAUCGAGUUAUCAGUGAAUACGAUCGCGGGAGGACCACUCGUGUCAAGCAUCUGUUACCUACAAACAGAUUCCAUUUAUCAGAAAUCCUACCAGAUAUCAACAUGCUGGUGAGAGCAUAAAGGUCGCCAUUAAUCCGUAGGGGAGUUUGUUGGUGUGUAGGGGGCUUUUUCUUUCUUUGUUAUUGCUGUUGUUGUUGUUUCCUUUUUUACGACGUUAUUAUGUCCUCUCGGAAUCGUUUUGUUUCAAACAAUGACUGGAAUUAAUUAAGAGUAGAAGAAGCUCUUGAUCGUAUUCAUAGCUCUUCAAUGAUUUUUUCACUUUGAUUUUUUGUGGGACCAGCUUAUCAGUCUUUUUGUUGUAAAAAAUAAUGGUGAACGUUAUUUCUAUGACAUCACAGGCACUUCUGUUAGUCAAAUAAGUAAAUCACAGUCCAAAUCACUAAGGUAAUGAGCAAAAACCUCCGCCUACUUAGACACAAGUAGGGGAUUGGGAAUACGCUCUAAUAGUGUAAUCAUAUUUGGUUUGAAACUAAUCUGGUAAUCUAGCCAUCACUGAGUAAUAAUUAAAAAAGUGACUUCGGGC